UAACAUGGCGGAGGAUGCCGCCUUGGCCACCCGCAGUCCUCGGGGGUGUGCUGACGGGGAGGAUGCGCAACCCCUGGAAGAGCGGGUCGGGGAAACGGCGGGAGAUGACCAGGAACAGUUUGAGUGUCAGGAGUUGCUGGAGUGCCAGAUGCAAAUGGGGGCCCCCGCGGAAGAAGAGGACGGGGGCCUGGUGACCGAAGCCGAGGCUGUAGCUACCGGCUGGAUGCUCGAUUUCCUCUGCCUCUGUCUUUGCCGGGCCUUCCGCGACGGCCGCACUGAAGACUUUGAGCGCACCCGCGACAGCGCGGAGGCUAUUAUUCAUGGACUAUCCAGUUUAACAGCUUAUCAAUUGAGAACUAUCUACAUAUGUCAGUUUUUGACAAGAAUUGCAGCAGGAAAAACACUUGAUGCACAAUUUGAAAGUGAUGAACGAAUUACACCCUUAGAAUCAGCCCUAAUGGUUUGGGCUUCAAUUGAAGAGGACCAUGACAUGUUUUAUGAAGAAAUACAGAAUUUAAUUAAAAUUCAGGCAAUCGCUGUUUGCAUGGAAAAUGGCAGUUUUAAGGAAGCAGAAGAUGUCUUUGAAAGAAUAUUUGGUGACUCAAAUAACCACACGCCUAUACAAAGGAAAUUACUUACGAUAAUCUCACAGAAGGACACAUUCCAUUCUAUUUUUCAACAUUUCAGCUACAACCAUAUGAUGGAGAAAAUUAAGAGUUAUGUGAAUUAUGUGCUGAGUGAAAAAUCAUCAACUUUUCUAAUGAAGGCAGCAACAAAAGUAGUAGAGAGUAAAAGAGUAAGAAUAUCAACUCCUCGAGAUAAAUCUAAUGAAGAUAUUGAAAUGGAAACUGGAAUUACUUCGGGUAUGCAAAAAAGUGUUAGUAACAAACAGUCUGCGGUAACUGAAUCUUCUGAGGAUACAGUAUCCUUAUCAAGGUCUCACAAGACGAGCAAGAACCUCUUCUUAUCUCAGUUGAAAAGUGGAAACCAACAAAACAAUUUUAAUAAGGAGGGUGAAAAGCAGACUGUUCAAAGUGGAAAAAAGAAGAAAGAAAGCCAUAGACAAGCCACUGGAAGCAAGGAAAUAUGUGUUUUACAGAGUCAGCCAGUAACUCCUGGAAAACGUUCUAGAAAAAAGCAGGCAUGGAUUUGGGAAGAAGACACGAAUCUAAGAUCUGGUGUGAAGAAAUAUGGAGAGGGAAAUUGGUCUAAAAUACUACUGCAUUAUAAAUUCAACAACCGAACAAGUGUCAUGUUGAAAGACAGAUGGAGGACUAUGAAGAAGCUAAAACUGGUUUUCUCAGACAGUGAAGAUUGAGUAUGUUUUAUAUUAAUAAAAGGAUAGUUAAAUAUUUUGAUCACUGCAUUUUUGUUUGAAGCCUUGUGGUCAUUAAUGUAUCAUAAUUGUUGCUCAAAGCAUUAUAGUAUUUUUUUUUGUGAUACUAUCUUUUAAUUAGUAUGAGGAUUUGUAGUAUAAGAUUAUCUGCCAUCAUUGUAUUUAAAAAUCUUUUUUACUUUGAUAAAAUGUAAAUUGUUUGAACCUCAUGCUUUCAAUGCCCCUCCUACCCUCGUUCUAUUCCAAUUAAAAAAUAUUAACUUGCUGAAAGGAAAAAAUUAAUUUCUGCUAACAUAUCCUAUGUCUAUAGUCUUAUAUCAACUCAAUAAUAUAUAUUUAUAUAUGUGUGUGUAUAUAAAGUUUCUAAAUUGGUAAACAAUAGGCCUUUGACAUAAAAGGUAAUGACUUGGUUUAUGACCUUAAGCUAUCACUAAGUCAUUUGUUUAUAGAAUGAUAAAUGUACAAAGUAUAUAUGAGUUAAAAAAUACAUGUUCCUUUUAAUAGUUUCAAAUAAGGGACAAAAUCAAAAAUAGUUAUACCAAUAAGACAAAGUUUACUACCAGAAAUAGUUUCGUGUCACCUUUUGGUACAUUUAAUUUUUGUUCCAGUGUUAAAACUUUAACACUGUUUAAAAUAAAGGGAUUUUAUAAUUUAGUGCUGUAAGUAUCAGUUUCUCUGAAUUUUCAUUUAGUAUAUCAAUAUUAGGCGUCAGUGGUGUUUUGUAAAUGCUUAAAUUGGUAUUAACCAUGGUCAUUUUGUGUCUUUGAUAAAUAAUAAGGUUCUAAAUAGACAAUUUUGACUUUUCACCAGUGUUUUGUUCUUUAGAGAAUUUAGUCAAAGACUGGUAGAAUUACUUAGUAUUUAGUAUGCUUUAUUUAAUGAUAGAAAUAUUGAAGUAUUUGCAUAAAAAGUUAAAUGGUAUUUUGUCAUCUGUAUUUUAAUAUACUAUUAAAGUUUCAUACACUGCUUUUUCAUUGUUUUGAAUUUGUGUCCUACACAUGUAAUGAUAAACACAAAUGUGGGUAUUUACUGUUUUUCCAGGUUCCUUCUCUAUUAUGCCACUACUUACUGUGUUUAUUGCAGACAUUGUUAUAGUACCAAAGCUAGCAGCAGGAGCCAGUGUGGACUUCCUGUCAAGCUCUUCACUCCAAACACAUAUCAUAAUCAUCAAAUCUACGUUGCUAAUAGACUAAGAAAUGUGCCAUUAUUUUAUGUGCCAUUAAAAAAUCACUACAUACUAUUAUAGCUAUAUAAUAGUAUGAUACUUCUUAUUUAGAAUUUUAUUAAAAGAGCUAUUUCAGAUUUAUUUAAAGAUUUUUAUAAGAUUUUCAUUUCCCUAUGGUAUUAGUCUUUCUCCUCUCAAUAGCCAUGUUUCCCUGGCCCCUGUUGUAACCAUCUGUGUGUUGCUUUUUCCUCUGUUAAUGUCUGUAUACUCUGCCUCUUAAAAUUCUUUAUCAUUUCGGCCCUCCCUGGUCAUGCAGAGGAUUAGGACACAGCACUACAAGUGAGCCACAGCAGCUUAAGUGCAAGUUCCAUCCGCGCCCCAGAAGU